AUGGCUAUUGGAAGAUUGUGUGACAAGUGCGAUGGAAAAUGUCCUAUAUGCGAUUCUUACGUGAGACCCUAUACCCUGGUACGGAUAUGUGACGAGUGUAACUACGGCACUAACCAGGGACGCUGCGUCAUAUGCUCGGGGCCCGGUGUAUCAGACGCAUACUACUGCAAAGAAUGCUGUCAAUGUGAAAAGGACAUGGCACCGAAAAAGAAACAAGUCGUCGAGGAAGAUGACGACGAACUAGCCCUUCUAGACGAAUUUAAUGCGGAUCGAGGAGCCGUAAUCGUAACACCCGCAGAAGAGACUUCAAAGUCGAAGAAAAAGAAAGGAAAGGGUCCCAAAAAGGUAGAGGAAGAUGAUCCCGAACUAGACGAACUGCUAAAGGAUCUAAAUGCACUGAAUACAAAGGCCAAAGAAGAAGAUACUGUGGAAGUACAAGGCACACUUUCAGAUCCAAAACCGGAUGACGAUGACGAUGAUGAUGAUGAUGAUGAUGAAAAGGACGGUGAUGACGAGGCGCCAGAGGGUGGACAACUAUCUGCCAAGGCUCUGAAAAAUAAACUGAAGAAGGAAAAGAAGAAACAGGCAAAAUUGGCUAAAAAACAUGUAGAAGAACAACCAGAAAAGGCACAACCUGCCGGUAAAAAACCAACAUCAUUGGCCGCAAAACUAGCCGCGGAACGACAACGACAGUUACAGGAGCUUGAAGAAAAAGCCAGACAAGAAGAGGAGGAACGAAAACGUCUGGAAGAGGAACAGCGAAAGAAGGAGGAAGAAGAGGAACGGAUACGAUUGGCAAAAUUAGAGGCUAAGCGCCAACAAAGAAAAGAGAAACGUGAACGACAAAAGAGAGAAGGGAAACCAAUGACACUUAAGGAGAAAAUGGCAGCCGAAAUGAAAAGGAAGUUCUUAGAACAACUGGAAAAGGACGGUGCACUAGAUGUCAAACAAGAUGGAGAAACCAAGAGACCAUCCACUGCAUCAUACCGCAAAAAGAAAACAGUAAAGAGUGACGCUACUCAGGAACAAGAGUCUAAAGAACAACAAGAACAGGGUAGUGCAUCAGAAACGGAAUGUGAGUUUAGGGCAGAAACAAUAAUCAUCACCCGUUCAGCAUCACCAUCAUCAACGGAUUCAGAAGACGUUAUAGAAAACUGGGAAGAACUAGACAAACCUGAUUAUGAAAAGCAAGAAGUAAAGGAAAAACCAGUUGCCCCAAAACCGACACCUAAACCUGUAAAAACUAGACUACCACAACCUGAGGAACCAGAAGAUGAAAGCGAAUAUAGGUCACCCAUUUGUUGUGUUCUAGGACACGUCGACACGGGGAAAACCAAACUGUUGGAUAAAAUUAGGCACAGUAAUGUACAAAAUGCUGAAGCAGGUGGUAUCACGCAACAAAUAGGUGCAACAUUCUUCCCAAAGAAGAUGCUUGACAAACAUUGUGAACUUAUCAACCCGGAAUUCAAACUAAAAAGUUCAGGACUAUUGAUCAUCGAUACACCAGGUCACGAAUCGUUCAACAACCUGCGUGCUCGUGGAUCAUCACUAUGUGAUAUCGCAAUCCUAGUAGUAGAUAUCAUGCAUGGACUCGAGCCACAGACAAUUGAAUCUAUCGGGUUGCUGCGUGGUAGAAAGUGCUAUUUCGUCAUAGCCCUUAACAAAAUAGAUCGACUUUACAAGUGGAACACAACACCAUGGGCGCCAUUUCACAAAACAUUCGAAAAUCAAGCAGAUGACACGAAAGCAGAGUUCCGGGAAAGAGCAACAAAGAUCAUGAUCGAGCUCUCGGAACAAGGUCUUAACAGUGAAUUGUAUUGGGAAAAUGAUGAUAUUCGUCGGAAUAUAUCUAUAUGUCCAACUAGUGCAAUCACCGGAGAGGGGAUUUCAGAUCUCAUUUGUCUGAUCUUACAGCUUACACAAAAGAUUAUGGUCAAAAAUAUUACCCAUAAAGAGGAAUUCCGAUGCUCCGUUCUUGAAGUGAAGGCAAUCGAGGGACUUGGUACUACUGUAGACGUUAUACUUAUAAGCGGCACUAUCAAGGAAGGAGACAAAGUGGUAAUUUGCGGACUCUCGGGACCCAUAGUGACCACCAUCCGAACCCUACUCACUCCACAGCCUUUGGCUGAACUGCGUGUCAAGGGUGAAUACAUGAAACACACAAGUAUCAAAGCCGCCAUGGGUGUGAAAAUAGUGGCACAUGGGCUUGAGGAAACGGUGGCGGGUACAGAAAUGCUACUAGUGGAAGACGAUGACGAUAUUGAUGCUUUAUGUGAAGAAGUUAUGCAAGAUAUAUCUUCUAUAUUUGACAAUGUCAACCGCACCGGUAUCGGUGUUUACGUCAUGGCAUCAACUUUGGGGUCACUAGAAGCCCUAUUGCAGUUCCUUACAGAUAAAAAAAUACCCGUGUUUGCCGUGAACAUAGGGACGGUUCAAAAGAAAGAUGUCAAAAAGGCAUCGAUCAUGCGUGAAAAGGACCAUUCGGAGUACUCAGUCAUUCUGGCUUUCGAUGUCAAGUGUUCAUCUGAGGCGGAGAAGGAAGCUCAAGUCCUUGGAGUGAAAAUUAUGUCAGCUGAUAUUAUAUAUCAUCUAUUGGACUCGUUCGUCAAAUACCUCGAAGAAACUCAGGAACAGAAAAAACAGGCACGCAUAUCAGAAGCUGUAUUCCCCUGCGAACUUACCAUACUGCCACACUGUGUUUUCAAUAAAAAGGACCCAUUCGUUUUCGGAGUGCAUGUCGACAAUGGUAUCCUGAAACCCAACACGCCACUGGUGGCCAUGGCAAAGGGGAAUCAGCUUAUGUUAGGCCGCGUGGCGAGCAUGGAACACAACAAGAAGCCUGUAGAGAAGGCAGUGAAGGGGCAAGAAAUAUGUAUCAAGGUGGUUGGAGAACCCAAUAUAGCGUAUGGACGUCAUUUCGACUGUAACGACCGUGUAUACUCGCGUAUAACACGUGAAUCUAUCGACGUGCUUAAGGACUACUUCAGGGACGAAAUGACAAAUGUAAGUUUAAAAGGUAGUGAUUGA